AUCGGUACAAUGCUGCCAGUGCUGAUGGUCCUUGACAAUAAUUAUGUUCGGCGGAUGUUUUAUCCCGCCAAGUAUCGUAGUUGAAUACGUUGUAUAUGAUAUUCUCAUUUAAUAUAUUUUGAUUACUCUUUUUUUAUUGUUAGGAAGUGUAUGUGUAAGAAGUGCAGCAAUUCUGAGAACGGAGAUUGAAAGUAAUGGAAAUUGAGUUUCUAUCUUAAAUACAUCAGUUUUAUGGGUUUUAUAGAUAAGAAUUUCUAUGAAGAAUGAAGGCCAUCACAUACUAUUUACAGUUUCCAGCAGGGGAGAAAGAAGAUAAGGACCAGAAUGGAAAUGGAAGGCUACCAGUUUUAAAUGGUGAUAGUGAUGAAGCUGGAGCACAGAAAAUUCACAAGGGACUUUUCAAGACUGCCAGUGUGGUUGAAAAGAGUUCUUGUCCAUCAUUAUUUAGCUCAGAAAUUAAAAAUAGCCCUUCAUUUGUUAGAACUAGUACUAGAAGAGUUAGGUCGAAAUGUAAAAUUCAAUUUAAAAUGACAAGCGAUGCAGAUAAUAGUAAUGAGAGUGUUGAACUUGAUAGACAUAGUAUCAUCUUGCAGGACAAGGAGGAUGUAUCCAUUUCACAAACAACAUCCAUCAAGACUUCAGUCAAAGAACUUCAUGAUGAAACGGGAUCCUUGCAGACUGUGAGUGUUGGGAAGCAAAAUCUAAAAAAGAAGAAGAAAUUAAGUCUCUCUUCACAGAAGGUCAGCAAUUGUGAUACAACAAAUAAAUCCUUGUGUGUGAAAAGUGAAGUUUUAAAUGAAAUUUUUGUAGAGUCAUCAAGAAAGACAGAGGAUAGUCUUUUAUUUCAGGGAAAUGGAAAAUCUAGCCUUUUUGUUAAAUGUAAGCUGAAGGACAGUUUAAAGGAACCAAAACAACAUGGUUUUGGAACAGAUGUAACAAAUGAAACUUGCACAGAUGAUAAGACUUCUGAUAAGAUUCCCUCCAGAUUGAAUGAAAGUAACAAUGCAUUCCAUAUCCUCAUGUCUUCAAGAAUAUGGCAGUCACCACAUGAGCAGGGUCCUGAUGAAACUAAAGAUCACACAUAUUCCAAUAGAAAGAAGACAAUUGUUAUUGCAGACGCACCAAAGAAGACUGUAGAAAUAAAGGAAAAUAGAAAGAAAAGGAAGAAAAAACUCGAUGUGGUAAGAAAAAGAAGGAUAAAAAAAGCAAAACUCAGUGACACAUCCUCAGAAAUUGAAAUAGGAGCAGAAAAGAAGCCUGUUGUCAGGUCUAAAAAAGUUGUAAUUGUGCCUGAAUCUGAUUCAGAUGGUGAAGGAAACACAGCACUUGGCCAGAGUAUAGACACUUUGAAAUCUAAAGCUGAAGACAAGCAGGAUCACAGAGGAUGUGGUAAAAUGGUUGUGGAAGAGACUGAUGAUGAUUAUGCAGAACAAAGUGAUGAGAAAGAACUAAUGAAGAAAGAUGAUAAAGUAGUGAAUCAGGACAGUCUGAUGAAUAGUAAACUUUCUACAAGAACAUCAAGAAAAAUGGAUGGGAGCAAAAGCAGAUUGUCUCAUAAAACUAGCAGUAAACAUAUUUUAGAGGAGAUUAAAGACAAUUGUUCAGAACCUGAACAAGACCACUUACACUUAAAGAAACUGGUGGUGAAAGUAGAGAAAAUUUCUCCUGAGAAGUUGAUACAAAUUUCUACACAGAAAUGUUAUGAAGGCAGUGAAAAAAAAGUUCGAAAAGGAAGAGGGAAGUUGGUCGUGGGUGGAAAAGGAACAAAGGAGAAGGGAUCAGAGAGAGAGGACAGAAUGGUUAAUUGUCAACUUUCCAUACACAAAGCUAAAAUGUCCCCAAAAUUGCCUAAAUCUACAAAGAAGUUUGUCAUUCAGUGUAAUAAAUCCACAGGUAAGAGUUUUUUUGAACGAAGAGUGAAACUGGUAAAGAAAUCUGAACAAGAAAGUGGUGAAUUUGGGAAGAAGAAAAGUGAGACAUGGAUAGAGGAUACUGACAGUGAAGAAGAGAAUCAGAAGCAGACAGAAAUGAAUAAGAAAGAUAAAACAAACAAAGCAGCCUCAGUGAGCACUAUAGAUUCAAAUUGUGAAAUACCAGCAGACCCAAAGAAACAUAUACCAUUUCCAGAGGAGACUAAGAAAAGGAACAGUUUGUUCAGUUACUUUAAUAAAGUUUCUAAAGAUGAAGUUUUACUGAAGCCUGAAAAAAUUAAAGUGGAAGUUCAGAUUCAUUCUCCCCCUUCAUCACCGUCAGUGAAGCAAAGACGUACAAGUGUUCCUGAGGAUAAAAGAAAACAGAUUCACUGUGUGAAGAGUAAGGUGUUGGACAUGGAAGAUCAGAUCAUUGUGUUGGAAUCGCAUAUCACGAAACCAGCAACUGAUGCCAGCUCUGUUUUUGUUGUAACACCAAAGAAGCAUAAUGAAAUAAAUGACAUGAAAACUCCACCUUCUGGCAGUGGAUGGAAGAUGCGUGUCAGAUUGCGGGAGUCACCUGCGCAACCCGUUCUAGACGACACAGGUGACAGCAGUGAUGAUAAUAUUUUCAUACCAAAGAGGAAAUGGGUAGAGAGUAAAAUACCAGCUCAGCCGAUAGAUGCAGGGGAGGCAUUACAAGCGUCUAGGACAGGGGAGAAGUGCAUGAAUUCAGAAGGAAUGGAAAGUCAAGAUAAUGAUGCCUGUGUUGAAGGAGCUGAAGGGGAAAUGGAGGUCAUCAUAUGCUCAAACCCAGACAGGAAACCAAAUGAUAUGAAGUUGGCACCGCUGUUUUUACGAAAACCAAAAACUGAUCCAGCCGUUGUAGAAGCCCGAAGGAACUUUCUGAAGAGUGGAGUUCCUGAUUCGGUGAAGAAGUUAGCAGAUAUACAACGCAGCCUGGAGGGACAGUAUCAAUUUCUCUUUCCAACUGUAGCCCAUGUUCAGCAGCAGGAGGACCAACUGUGUGUAUGGAAUUUGCCGUUAGUUGAACUGCCCCUAAAUACUACAGAAACUGAGCCUCCUACUUUAACAUUGAAGCAAAUAGAAGCAGUUGAAUUGGGCACCUUCAGCAACUGCUGCAGCACAGAUCCAGCCUGUAGUUUCACUAAGCCUUCAACACCAACACCGAUUACGUGCUUUCAGAAAUUGCUUCGGAUUCUGAAGUCAGAGUCACCAGAUUUUCCAAUUUAUCGAGCAUUCAGACGGCUACAUUCGAAAUACCUUCAGGGUGUUGAAAAGUCUACGGAAGAGGUAUUAGGAAAAGAUAUUAAACAACAAAAGAGGAGGGGUGGAAAGAGCAGGGUGACAAGGUCAAAUGCACACAUUGAGAGGCAGAAGGAGGAGAUUUGUAACCGGAAGUCAGAGGUCAUGUGGACAGAAAAGUACAAACCAACAUCUGUGGAUGAUCUCGUUGGGAACAGACAUAGCAUAGAUCAGCUGAAACAUUGGCUGGAGAGUUGGAAACAUUACAGCGAUGAAAUCCAGCACAGAGAUAAGGAAAGUGGUCGGAACAGAAAGGAUUCAAGCAGUGGAGAUGAAUUCUUUGACUGUGACUCCAAUGACAACAUUAACAGGAACUUGCCCAAUAACACAGCAAUUUUGGUUGGUCCUCAUGGCUGUGGGAAGACAUCUGCUGUGUAUGCUAUCGCUAAUGAACUUGGCUGUAAGGUCCUGGAAAUCAACACCUCCUCAAAACGCAAUGGAAAACGUAUACUGUCUGAGCUACAGGAAGCAACACAGUCUCACCAAGUGAAGUCUUGUUCAGAACAUGCUUCAGGUGCACUGGGUUCAUUCGUCAAAGCAAAGCCUACUAACUCGAGGAAGGUGAAGUCAAAGCCCACUGGAGAUGAUUCUAUACCAAAAGAGGAUGGUGAUGAUCGUAAGUCCAGCAAGAUGUCGAUUAUUUUAGUAGAAGGGGUGGAUGUUGUUUAUGAUGAUCAAGAUGAGGGUUUUUUAUCUGCUGUGACUUCAUUGGUGGCUUCAUCGAAGCGACCAGUGGUAUUGGUCACGAAUGACCCACACUGCCCCCAUCUGGCACGUUUUAUGGAUCUCCAUCUUGUUCUUAAGUUCAGGGCACCGCCAUCUGUGAGAAUGAGUUUGUGGUUACAGUUGGUGUGUCUUUUGGAAGGUGUUUGGAUCAGACAUGCGGCGAUUGGAAGGUUACUCGACCGCAACCGUGGUGAUGUGCGUCAGACUAUGCUGCAGUUACAGUUCUGGGUGCUAACUGGCGGGAAUAACAUGCCACGUACUGUAGAGAUUCCCAACACAGCCAUAUCAGAAAACCCUGUAGCUCUGCAGGUCCCUGAAAUUGAUGUGGUAGAUGAUCAUUCAAAUUUGAGUUAUAUUUCUGGUGACGAAGCAGAUGAAACCCCAAUUGAUGUCCCUGAACAUGCUAACUGUACUGAAACAUUUACAGAAUACAGCGAAAAGUAUUUUCAAAGUUGUCAGUUACCAUUCCCAUUGGAUUUAGGUCUUGUUUGGUGGAAUCUGGCUUCCCUGAUAUCCAUACCAGAAAGUUUAUAUCAGGACAGAAUUUGCAUUAAGUCUCGUGAAGUGACAGGAAGCAAGACUUUGCAUGAAGUUAAGACUGAAUCUGAUGAUCUAGAUUCUGUUGUGAAAGUGUCAGGUUGUGAGGUGACAGAGAAAGAAACAGAAUGUGUCAGUAUGACAGUAUGUGAGAGAGAAAUGAAGGAUAGAAUAUCUUUGUUGGUUGAAGUUGGUAAAAGGAACAGUGGAGAGUCUGUUUUUAAAAGAGUUCAUAAUGAUGAAGACACAAAAGGAAAUUCAAUUUCUGAACUUUUGGAAGAGAGGGGAGUGAGGAAGAACUGUUGUAGUCAGGCAGAGGCAGAUCGCAUGUCUCGGUUGAUGGAGACGAUGUCUGCAAUAGAUGUUAUGUCAUCUGCUGGUGCUGGUAAUAGGGAGCCUUGCUAUAGGACUUGGGAUCAAGUUCCAAAGGAUGGAACAUCUUUGACUGAAGGGGCCCAGUGUCGAUGGUGGGAGAAUUCAGUCUCGAGGGUUCUGUGCCACUAUCUCCUAGAGGGUAAUGUGCAUAAGUGCAGAACAAGUCUUCAGAAAACGGAAGGAUGUUAUGUUGAUGUGCAGGUUACUAAAGCAACCUUUACAAAGCCAACACAACAGGAACUCUGGUGGCGAUCGGUACAGCAUGCUGCAGAUGAUACAGUCUUACCUGCAGUGCCACUCUGGUGUCGUCCUGAUCACCAUUCUGUGUCUUGUGAUUACAUUCCGAUGUUGCGAACUGUUUGUCGUUAUGAGCAAGAUCGCCUUGCCUGUAAUACGAAGCGUCACAGCAGGUUCUUUCACUACCUCAAGGGUCUCAAUGUGCAUGUCAGUGAUGCAACUUGUAGUACACUGUGUGCUGUGUUUGCUGACACACAUACAACAUAGUACCAGAGAUGUAAUUUUAA